AACUGUUUAUAUCGACUAGUGGAGGAACCCGGCAUCGCGUUCGGUGGCUGCCUUUGCCAGGUUUUACGGUCCUUCUCGGCCCCCGUAGCGGACCGGAGAUCAGUCGCUGGGCGGCAGGCUCUCCCUGGCAAUGGCGGGCGAUCUGGAGGGGUGCAAGUCCCUGAGCGGGCUGCUGAGCGGCCUAGCGCAGAACUCCUUCCACGGACACUCGGGCAUCACUGAGGAGCUGCUGCACAACCAACUCUAUCCGGAAGUGCCCCUGGAGGAAUUCCGCCCCUUCCUGGCGAAGAUGAGGGGAAUUCUCAAGUCUAUUGCAUCUGCAGACAUGGAUUUCAACCAGUUAGAGGCAUUCCUGACAGCUCAAACCAAAAAGCAAGGUGGCAUCACCAGUGAGCAAGCUGCAGUCAUCUCCAAGUUUUGGAAGAGCCACAAGACAAAAAUCCGAGAGAGCCUUAUGAACCAGAGCCGCUGGGACAACGGACUUCGGGGACUGAGCUGGAGAGUUGAUGGCAAGUCUCAGUCACGGCACUCAGCUCAAAUACACAACCCUGUUGCUAUAAUAGAGCUGGAAUUUGGGAAAAGUGGACAGGAAUCUGAAUUUCUGUGUCUGGAAUUUGAUGAAGUUAAGGUCAAGCAAAUCCUGAAGACGCUGUCAGAGGUAGAAGAGAGUAUCAGCAGGCUGAUGCAGGCAGCUUAAGUGACAGACGGAGGAAGGAGCAAUGAAGUGAAGGUGCUUACAGACUUUCUCUGCUGACCUUUUGAAAGUCCUGUUUGCCCAUUGGUACUACCAAAAGACAUUGUAUACAUGUAUGAAAGUCUUCAAGAAUAAAUAAAAAUAUAUUUUAAAAAGUGGGUAAAAAGAAAAACCCUCAAAUUCUA